CGUUCCGUGUACACAAAACGUGCAAUACAAAAAUGUUUUUUCGAAGACUUCUUUCGACAUUAAGUAUUUGCUUAUUGGUAAAUAAGUUUGAGGCUCGUCAAGACGUCAUACAAUGGAUUGAGUCGAAUAGAAUAACUAACUGGGGUGACUGGGGUGCAGCCGACUUUUGUCCUGAAGGAAGUUAUGUCACUGGCUUUGACCUAAAGAUAGAGGAUAACCAAGGAGGCGGUGACGACACUGCAGUGAAUUCUAUAAAGCUUAUCUGCACGAAUUUGAAAGGAGUCUAUCAAAAAGAUAUUGUAAGUAGUGAGGGAAGCUGGGGCAAUUAUCGAGGGCGUAAAUAUUGCCCUAAUGGACUUGGUAAUGGUUUUGAACUAAGAUCGGAGUCUGGUCAGGGUCGUGGUGACGAUACAGCUGGUGUGGAUUUUAACUUAAUCUGCGCUAACAGCGAUGGUAGCAGUACGAUUAUCCGAGGAGGAGAGAUUUUAACUUACGGUGAUUGGAGAACAACGAACAGAAUGUGUCCACCCCAGACAGCUAUUUGCGGAAUUCGUACUCAGGUCGAACGGCCUCAAGGCAGUGGCGAUGACACUGCACUGAAUAAUGUUGAUUUAGCUUGUUGUCGCGUACCACAUCCCGCCGAGACAUGUCAAUUACAGCGAGGACGUUGGGAGACGGUAAUCGGAUGCCAUCAAGGAAUUUCACAGUGUAAUGUAAAAUUCAAAAGUGGACUCACAACGUCUUCACAAACGACAAGCACCUUAACGGAAUCUGUAAAAUUAGCUGAAAAACUGGGAUUCAGUAUGAGCGCUGAAGGAUCAAUUGGUAUCAUACAAUCUCGACUAGAAGUGAACGGCGAAAUUGCAAAAGAGAAAUUUAAUGAGAAAACUUUGCAGACUAUCAUUAGUCAAACGGAUACUUAUGAAAUGGAAUGGUCGUUUCAAAUAAGUUGUGUUGGCACAGCACAGGAGCUGGUUUUGGUUUGUGGUCCGUUUAAAGUUAAAACGAAAGAGUAUCGCUGUGUACCUGACUCAAGAUAAGCAGGAAGCAUAUCGUUGGGACAGUUAUCGAAUACAUUAACUUGAUUUGAAAGUAUUUUCAACAGAUUGAAAUAAAAUAUUUCGCUUAAACU